CAAAACGGUCAUAUGAUAAUGUUUCCCUCUAACACGCAUGCAUUCGUUCAUCCGUGCAAUCAAACUAAAUAAAGUGUUUACAAAAACCCCCGAAGAAGUUAAAAGAAACCUGCGCCUGCCUUCGCAUAUUCCUUUCACCCUGGCUUCGUCCCAAACUGCACACUGCGUCCUAAACAGUGCCCUAGGUCAGAAUAGGACGCCGCCGGAGCGCGCGGUUGAAGUUGCGGUUCUAUGUAGCGGUUUGGGACGCGGCCCCAGGGCUCCGAACGUUCCACUACGAGGUGCUUCCAUUGUGACGUCGCGCUGUAGCGGCUACAAGUUCCUUUGUGUCUCCAUAUAUGGUCAUCUACGUCACGGAGUUGUUCCGUCCCCCUAGUUUUAACGAGAAAAAGCGUUGGAGUUCCCUCGGCCGAGCGACACAGCGAGCAGCCAGUGCACUUGUGCAAUCACUACCAACAUCAUCGCUCCAUUUGAUUCAGAGACUUAAAAAACCAACCAAGCAAUGCAGAAAUAGCGUACAAAUUAAAAGAAAAAAAAAACAAGGAAAAGAAAAAGAAGGUUGAGUUGAGGCAUCUUCAUUGCGACCGGGAACUUGGAUACAAUCAUACUUAAAGGAUUGAUUUGUUUUUUGGUCGUAUUUUGUUUUCGACUUUAGAUAAGCGCGGAAGACUGGAGACCGCGGGCGAGUUAAAGCCCGCGCGCUGUCGCCGACACGAGCCACUUGAUUUAACUUGCUAUGACAGGUAAAUUAGCGGAGAAGCUCCCCCUUACCAUGAGCAGUUUAAUCAACGCCAUACCUGACAGCCUUUAUCCUGAAGAGGACAUUCCCACUUCAUCUAUGAACAUCUUCACCAGCACGGACUCCGUCUCGCACUACUCGCAAAUGAACACAGAUAAUAUCAUGGACUUAGGAAUGGGAGGUGAGAAGAGCAGCAGUGAGAUCCCAUAUGCUUCCAGUAGUUUUCAGUCCAGUCGAAGUGGGCAAACAGUUACAUAUUUGGGAAAGUUUGCCUUCGACACCCCUCCUUCAGGCAGCAUUGGCAGUUCAGGCUGGUGCCCGGACAACAACAUCAUCAGCCUGGUGAGUGCCGGCAUCCUCGGUGUGUCCCCGUCACCGGGUAGCAUCACCACGCAGACGUCAUCAUCGGGCGGCAUGAGCGUCCAAUCGUCAGACAUUGACCAAGUGUACGCCCCGCCUCUUCCCGCCUACUCCGCCUGCGGUGACAUGUACCAGGACCAGGUGGCGUUCCACCACAGCCCUGCAGCAUCAUCAUCGCUGCCCUACGCACCCUCCGAGUACCACAACACCACCAAAGCUGUGGAUGCCAGCCUCUUCUCCAUGAUCCCCGACUACAACCUGUUCCAGCACCAAGGUGGCGCGGGUGAAGCUGGGGCCAUGGAACACAAGCCUUUCCAAAGCGUGGAGCCCCUUCGUGUAAACCCACCACCCAUCACGCCGCUAGAGACCAUCCGGGCAUUUAAGGACAAGCAGCAGCUGCAGCCGGGCUUCCUGGGCUCACAGCAGCACCAUGUUUCCCAGCACCACCACCACCACCAGCCCCAAACUCUCGCCCUUAAACCCGUGCGCCCUCGAAAGUACCCGAACCGGCCGAGCAAGACGCCGGUGCACGAGCGUCCCCACGCGUGCCCAGCCGAGCACUGCGACCGGCGCUUCUCACGAUCCGAUGAGCUUACGCGCCACCUGCGCAUCCACACAGGCCACAAACCCUUCCAGUGCCGCAUCUGCAUGCGCUCAUUCAGCCGCAGCGACCACCUGACCACGCACAUCCGCACACACACCGGCGAGAAGCCUUUCUCCUGCGACUUCUGUGGACGCAAGUUUGCUCGCAGCGAUGAGCGCAAGCGCCACGCCAAGGUGCACCUCAAGCACAAGGACAAGAAACCUGCAGAGAAGGCAGGCAGCUCAAGUGCCACAGCAACGACAGCUACUCGCUCAUCUCCACCUGGCUCCUGUGGGAGCAGCGGAGCCAGCGGGGCCAACGUCCUGACUGUUACCACGUGCGCAUAGGACUGAGAGUGCCACUAGUGUUUGAUAAGAAUGAGGGAGGAAGAAACUGAGCUCUUUCCUUUCUUCUGAAAGGCCUAGCCAUUGACUCUCACAAACUCUCCCUCUCUUCAUGCAUUAGUUCUUUGGUUACAAUGUUUUUAUAAGGUGGUAUAGUCACAUUCCCGUUGACCCUUAGCAGGGGGUUGAGGGGACACACUAGUGUUUAAUGGCAGGGAGAAUAGCAGAGUGGGGUAGCAGCCGGUGGACAGUCAGGUCAUCCCAGGAAAAAAAAAAAACAGGGCACUUAUUUUUUUUUUUCGGGAAAAGCAUUACAGGCUCAGGGAGUCCUAACUUCCGGCUCCAUGGACCUACACACUCCAGUGAUAUUUCAGUCUGGGUCAGAAUAGUACAUUUUUUAAAUUAGUAUAGAAUACAAGCUAACCAACACUUGGCGUCAAUUAUUUUUUUACAUCGUAUUUCAGUUUGUCGAUGGCUCAUCAAAUAUGAAAAAGUGCAAUUUAAUUUACUCAACUUCAUUAAUACCUUGUUUGCGCUGCACUUUGGUUCCUGUUGUUUUUUUUUCUUCUUUUUUUAAAAUACUGCUUGUUAAUUAUUUAAUUGAUGAUAUUUUUUUAAAAGAAUGUGCCAAAUCUGUUUUUUGAAAUACUACAGCCAACUUUUUUUGUGUUGUCAUUCUCGUGAGUGUAGCAGGAAUUAUUAUAGUGAAGCUACUGGAUGAUCAAGUUUAAGGGAAAGCCUUGAAUAUUACAGCACUGAAAGGCUCAACGAGUUUCAGUAUCAAGUGGGUGUUUCUUGUGUAAUUAGACUGCAUUAUCUUAAUAUCUCAAAAUCCCAUCAGUACAAUUAAGGGGAUCUGGACGCCUUUUUGGUAAACAGUAACAGAUUGCCUGUACAAUACCACAAAAAAAAAGCAAGUGUGUGUCUUGGCGUCUGAGCUCACUAAGUGCAGUUUACUUAUUAGCAUGAAAUUAAGAUAAGAUCUGUGGCGUUUACUUGGAGUACGUAAACUGGGAAGGCAAAAAAAAGCUACAUGUACUCUAUUUAAUGCAGAGAUUUGUAACUGUCCUGCCAUUUCAUUGUUUUUAUUUUUAUUACUAUAUUAGUGAUUGAUAUAUUUUUUUCCAGUCUGUAUGCCUGCAUGCGUCAUGUGUUGGUAGUGUGUCUGGAUUAGCACUGAAACGAAGGACUUUUCUGGGAGCAAUAUGCGUGCAUCUCAACCCCUCGUAACAGGGAGUUGAAAGAAACGAUGUGAAAUGUGAAAUCUUUCACGUUUGUCAUUACGAUAUUUAUGUUUGUGUCAUUGUCGUUGCUGUUGUGUUGUUGCUGAUGACUCACUGAGUUCCCAUUGGUUUAUCUUGCUACGUUUCAUGCAUCCUGUUUGUUCAGCACACAUUUGAGCACACACACAGCCAAAAUGAUGGAAAUAACAGCCUUAGAGCAUUAACGCACGGCUAAUCUGGGAUGCCGGCUUUCUGACUGAACUCAGCCAUAUGCAUGCCAUGAGAGAUGUUUUUGGAUGAAAACAGUUUGGACAUUUUUUUGUUUGUUUGUUUGUUUUGUUUUGUUUUGUUGUUUUUUUUCCCCAUACAGUGCUGAGGGGCAGCAGCAGUAACGUGGUGUCUCCACGUGUUUUUUUUUCCUCCUACAUGGAACACACUGAGAGAUUCUGACUAUCCGAGAGGGAUCGUCUUUUGUACAGCCGCCUAUAUAUAAACACAUGACUACGUGUUUUCUACUAAGAAUGUACAGUUUAAAGGAAAGCAGUGUGCUUCAGUAUUACAGUGUGUGUCCGUGCGAACACACACGCCUCCACACUCCUAGAUCUGACUGGAUGCAAAGGGUGUGUUAACGUACAUUUCUGAAGACUGUGUACAUAAUGUAGAAUGUGUAUUUGUUUUUUUUUAACUGUGAGUGCGUUAAAAAAGGAGAAGCGUUGUCCAACAGUGUCAAACCUGAUGCAUCCUAUGUCCUGAAAUAUUGUUUUUGUGCAUAAUAUACAAAGAUGGAGACACACUGAAUGAUGUGUUUAUUAAAGAAAUAAACCAUAAGGUUAUUUGGAACAAAAAAUAA